AUGGCAGCCUAUCCACCUUUGGCAGAGCGCCCGAUCAAGAACACAAUUGUCCUCUUCGAUGUCGACGAAACGCUCACACCAGCUCGCCGGAUGGCCUCUCCGGAAAUGCUCAUUCUCCUGCAGCAAUUACGCCAAAAAGUAGCGAUUGGAUACGUUGGCGGUUCGGACCUUGCGAAACAGCAGGAACAACUGGGGACGGCCGAGAUCUCAGCAUUCAAAUCGGGCCUUCCACUGCCGUCAACAAGCUUCAUUAAAUGGCUAGGCGAGGACAAAUAUAAGGAGUUGGUGAAAUUCGUUCUCCACUAUAUAGCUGACCUUGACAUUCCGGUCAAACGUGGGACUUUCAUGGAGUUUCGCAAUGGGAUGGUAAACAUUUCACCCAUCGGGAGGAACGCAAGUGUGACGGAAAGAAACGCAUACAACGAGUAUGACUUGGAGCACAAGGUUCGAGAAAAGAUGGUAGCUGCUUUGAGAGAGAAGUUCCCAGAGUUUGGUUUAACAUAUUCGAUUGGUGGACAAAUAUCUUUUGACGUGUUUCCUAAGGGCUGGGAUAAGACAUUCUGUCUCAACCACCUUGAGAGAGGAGCCAAAGAACCAGGAGGAAUUGAGUACACAACUAUACAUUUCUUUGGAGACAAAACGGCGCUGGGCGGCAACGACUACGAGAUUUACAAUGAUCCACGUACUAUUGGGCACGCAGUAGACUCGCCAGCGGAUACAGCUAGAAUAGUGAAGGAGCUGUUCGACCUUUGA